AUGCUCUUUCGUGAUGGUGAGGAUACUUCUAUGUAUGACUUUAUUUCUAUGAAUGACUAUACUUAUAUAUCGAAUGACAUCCUAUCCGGUAAAUCUAACUUUCAUUAUCUUUUAGUUGAUGAUAAAUACCUUUAUACUUUAAGUAUCAAGCGUGAAGAUAUUAAUUAUAUUAGACCUGUUGAUGAAGUGGUGUUAAGGGCUCUUUCCAGGGCAUUAUAUGAUAUAUUUAAUACAUAUGUGAGUUUCCCACUUAUUCGAUCCGAAGAAUUUCAUAAUAAUUUCAUCAGUACAGUAGUUAGUUGGGAUAAAGUGGAUCGACUCCUCAUAUUUGAUCUAUCAUUAUCAAAAAGUACUAUGCCUCACCCUCUUCUUAUGAAGAAACUGAAAUCUUUCAUUUCAGAUGAUGUUGUUUUAUGCCUUAUUGCUAAUUUUUUAGCUAUGCCGAUAAAAUCGACGGAUGGUAUACUCUUAUCGAAGGAUGGAAUAGGAAUCCCACCAGUAGAUACUCUCGGUUCAAUGUUGCUCAGUCUCUAUAUGGAUGAAGUAGACCAGUGCUUCAAAACACUAUUUUCCAACUUCAAAUAUGUUAGAUACAUGGAUUUAGUAAUAAUUCCAAUGUAUUUAUGGGAGACGGAAAAUCAAAUACUAAUAUUUUAUCGCGCAUUGCUUGAAUUUGGAAUAAUUAGUGAUAUUUAUUGUAUACCGCCCGGUGGGUCAUCACUCUUAAAAUUGAAUGUGGAUGAUAUUUAUGUCUUAAACUUAAACAGAGAUGGAUCCAUAAAUGUAUAUUGUAAUCGCAUAUAUGAUAAAACAUACUACAACAAAGAAGAAGAAUCAGAAUUAAGAAUUUCAUUCAUCAAUAAUACAUUGAAAAAACUAAAUGUUAACUCUAAGUAA